GGAUAGAUUGGACUAUAAUCGAUUUCACCAUUUCAGAAUUGCCUAUGUAAAAUGGCCCGAGAAGACAGCCCAAAGCGGCGCAAGCUUGAUCCGGACCGAUACGCGUCCUCCUCUCCCCAGCCCCGAGCACCAAGGCACGUCUUCAAACGCCAGAGAAGGGAUAAUAACGGGCUAUCUACGCCACGAGGAAGUCACAAUGGCUCCUCAACCCCUCAUCAACACGAGUUUGAUGGACCGGAGCCUCUAGUCAAUUAUGAGGAUGCCAUGGCAUUGGAUCGAGACUGGUACGCUGGCGACGAAUUCGGACAUACCUUCGGUGACGAAACACACAAUCCAUUUGGCGGACCAGAUAACUCAUGGAAAGAUAUGCAGCGAGAAGCUGCAUUGUCUGAGAAGAAAAAUAAUCGCCGGUUUAAUGCGCGUGCGGUGCAGAAACAGAAAGAUGUGGAUGCGUGGGAAACGAAUCGGAUGUUGACGUCCGGUGUGGCGCAGAGGAGAGAUUAUGAGGCGGAUUUUGAAGAUGAUGAAGAUUCGACUCGGGUGCACUUGUUGGUUCAUGAUUUAAGGCCGCCUUUUUUAGAUGGGAGGACGAUAUUUACGAAGCAGUUGGAACCUGUGCCGGCCGUGAGGGAUCCACAAAGCGACAUGGCUGUCUUUAGCCGGAAGGGCAGUAAGGUUGUUCGGGAAAGAAGGCAGCUCAAAGAGCGACAAAAGCAGGCCCAGGAUGCUACGAAUGUUGCUGGAACUGCGUUGGGUAAUCUUAUGGGUAUCAAGGAAGAUGAAGGUGAUAGUGCAGCGGCUAUACCCGGCGAAGAAGAUCACAAAGGGGGCAGCAAAUUUGCGCAGCACUUGAAGAAGAAUGAAGGUGUUAGCGCAUUCAGCAGGAGCAAAACUCUUCGUGAACAACGAGAGUUUCUACCGGCAUUCGCAGUCAGAGAAGAACUAUUACGAGUUGUCAGAGACAAUCAGGUUGUGAUAGUUGUUGGCCAGACCGGCUCUGGGAAGACUACUCAGCUAACCCAAUUCUUGUACGAAGAUGGGUAUGGGGCGCUGGGCAUGAUCGGCUGUACACAACCCCGACGUGUUGCGGCGAUGAGUGUAGCGAAACGUGUGAGUGAAGAGAUGGAAGUUAAGCUUGGUGGUCUCGUUGGAUAUGCAAUCCGUUUUGAAGAUUGCACUAGCAACGAAACUGUCAUAAAAUAUAUGACCGACGGCGUGCUCCUAAGAGAGUCUUUGGUGCAGCCUGACCUUGAUAAAUAUUCAUGCAUCAUCAUGGACGAAGCCCAUGAACGGGCUCUAAACACAGAUGUUUUAAUGGGAUUAAUCAAAAAAGUUCUCGCACGUCGGCGGGAUCUGAAGCUGAUUGUGACAUCGGCCACAAUGAAUGCUGAGAGGUUCUCGAAAUUCUACGGAGGUGCACCGGAAUUCUUCAUUCCAGGAAGAACCUUUCCUGUUGACAUCCAGUAUUCCCGGUCUCCCUGCGAAGACUAUGUCGACAGCGCUGUUAAACAGGUCCUUGCUAUUCACGUUUCCCAAGGUCCAGGAGAUAUCCUUGUGUUCAUGACCGGUCAGGAGGAUAUCGAGGCUACUUGCGACCUUAUACAUGAGAGGCUUGCUCUUCUAAAUGAUCCUCCAAAAAUCAGUGUCCUGCCGAUCUAUAGUCAAAUGCCUGCGGAUCUGCAAGCCAAAAUCUUUGAUAAAGCGCCUCCUGGAGUUAGAAAGGUGAUUGUUGCUACUAAUAUCGCCGAAACCAGUCUAACAGUCGAUGGUAUCAUGUACGUGGUCGAUUGUGGUUUCUCCAAAUUGAAGGUUUACAAUCCACGCAUGGGUAUGGACACUUUACAGAUUACGCCAAUCUCCCAGGCGAAUGCAUCACAGCGCGCAGGUCGAGCUGGGCGAACGGGUCCAGGGAAAGCCUAUCAUUUAUAUACCGAACUGGCUUUCAAGAAUGAAUUCUAUAUUCAAACAAUUCCAGAGAUUCAGCGAACCAAUCUUGCUAACACCGUUCUCCUACUCAAAUCGCUGGGAGUCAAAGAUUUGCUGGAUUUUGAUUUCAUGGAUCCGCCUCCACAGGACACUAUCACAACGUCCCUAUUCGACCUUUGGGCAUUGGGUGCCAUUGAUAACCUUGGUGAUCUCACGCCCAUGGGCCGCCGUAUGAGCGCCUUCCCCAUGGACCCAUCUCUAGCAAAACUGCUCAUCACUGCGUCUGAGGAGUAUGAAUGCAGCGAAGAAAUGCUUACCAUCGUCUCGAUGCUCUCGGUGCCGAGUGUCUUCUAUCGCCCGAAAGAACGCCAAGAAGAAUCCGACGCUGCUCGCGAAAAGUUUUUCGUGCCCGAAUCUGAUCACCUUACCCUCCUUCACGUUUAUACCCAAUGGAAAGCCAACGGAUAUUCAGACGGUUGGUGUGUGAGACACUUCCUUCACCCCAAGGCGCUGCGACGGGCCAAAGAGAUUCGAGAACAACUCUCCGACAUCAUGUGCAUGCAAAAGAUGACACUUCAGAGCUGUGGCACCGAUUGGGAUAUUAUUCGAAAAUGUAUUUGUUCCGGAUAUUAUCAUCAGGCCGCUAGAGUCAAAGGAAUUGGCGAAUAUAUAAAUCUACGAACGAGUGUCACAGUGCAACUCCACCCUACAAGCGCUUUAUACGGCCUUGGGUUCUUACCUGAUUACGUUGUAUAUCAUGAAUUGAUCCUGACCAGCAAGGAGUACAUGUCCUGUGUCACAUCUGUUGAUCCUCGUUGGCUUGCUGAUCUUGGCGGCGUAUUCUACUCUAUUAAAGAGAAGGGUUAUUCUGCCCGCGAGCGCCGUGUCACAGAGCAUGAGUUUAACCGUCGCAUGGAAAUAGAAGCUCAAAUGGCGGCCGAUCGAGAACGAGCCGCCCUGAUAGCAAGUCAAGAAGCAGAAAAAGAAAAGCUGAAGAGGCGUCAAGAGGCCACUGUUGGCUCCGCAACGGUGGGAGUAAGGUCUGCGGUUCGAAGGCCUGCGUCGGCAGCAGCAACGAAGACGAGCGGGAGCGUGGUUAGGAGACCUCCUGCGAAGAGGGUUGGGCGAGGAUUCUAG